CAGCGUCCCUAUGUACCAACGUCCCUAUGUACCAGCGUCCCUAUGUACCAGCGUCCCUAUGUACCAACGUCCCAUGUACCAGCGUCCCUAUGUACAUACGUUCAUAUACCUAGGUAGGCGAUUGCGUAGUACUGAGGUGGGUUACCGGGCCAGCCACGUGUCGCAAAGGGCGCAUGUACAGAUACGCCCUGCCACCCAGCCUCCUCCCAGUGUUCUCGUGAGCUAGGCCUGUGUAACGGGCGACGUAACCGCCAAGACGUAGAAAAGGGUCCUGGCCGGGACCCAUCCAUUCCAGUUGUAGCCUGGCCGAUGCCGGAUUGUCCGGAAC